ACCGAGGAGAUACAAUGCAUUUGUACCAAUCCAAAGAGAUAGAAACAAAACCACUCAUGUGCAUGUUUUACAUCCAAAUCCAUGCCACUACACCUUUUCUUUUUCUUUUCUUUUUGCUUCCACCUCCGAUGACAAGCGUCCAAUUAUUAGCGGAAGCUCUUCCCAGGCAGUCUUUCCCUCGACCUUCUUCUUCGCGUUCUUCGCGGAAGGAAAGUAAAAAAAUUGGAUCUUCACGCUAGAAAAAUAAUUUGAUUCGAUUCCUCGCUGCGUUGGAUUUUCACGGAAGGAAAUAAAUCCAGGAUCCAAGAUCUAGGGUUGUUUUCAAUAUUCGGAAGCAAUUUCUAUUCAAUUUUGAGUUUUUCGGCAUGUUGUUCCCCAAUUCUUCACCAAUUACGCACCUAUUCUUCCCCAAAGCUGCUACUACUGUGAAACAAUAAAAAGACCAAGCACAAGGAGAGGCAGGACAAACUACGGAGUAUUAAAAUUGUGCAGCAGUCUUUGUUCAGCUUCGUUGCAAGGUUAGUCAAAUAAAUGGCAUUACUUUUUAACACAAUAAAUUUGUGAUUUAAACAGUUUUGUGUCCAGGCCAGGAUCAAAGUAAAGAGAAGUGUUUGACAUGCACUGUACACUUGCACACUAAAGUUAAAUUGAUAAUGCAAAUGAAUUUCAAUGAUCCAAUCUGUUUGUGAUUGGAAUAUACUCUAUAUUCUAUUUCAGAAGAGUAUAGCGUCAUAUAUAUGAAGUACAAAAUGCAUUUGUGUAGUGGGUGUUUGUUUUACAUCCUACCAACUCCAUAAAGCCCAUCCCUACUCCCACCAAAAUUGUCCCCUUCAAUAGACCAUGCCUCAGAACAUUAGUGUCAGGGCCACUGGGUUUGAUCCAGUAUUUUAUAUCCCUAAAAUGGACUAUCCAUUUCGGGGUUUUCUGGGUCAGUUGUGUUUUUGACAUGUAUUCAGAAGUAAAGGGUCAUGUUUAUGAUUUUUCCUAUAAGUUCUCCCAGUGUAUCCAUCUUUCUCAACAGUCAAGAAGUGAAGAGUUCAUAUUAAAUGUGUUUCUCUUUUUGAACUUCUCAUGAUUUGCUUUUAAUUUGAUUUACCUUUUAUAAAGCUUUGAAAACAUGUAGAACAUUCAGAGCAGCAAGUUUAACAGAAUAUAUUGGGAAAUGACAUACUCCGUAUGUUUUACUGCUGUUUAGUGCAAAUUUGAACAAAUUAUGUUGAGGAGAUGAGCUUUCUGAUAUAAUUAUUAUUUCCCUGAUUCAUUAUAUCUUUGAUUUUCCAACUUAUUAGGUGAAGAACAACUUAAAAUAUUAAGCGCCAAGAAACAAUUAUUGAUAUUCAAGAGAUAUUGUUUGCUAUGGAGGCUUUGUUCAUAGGCAAUUGAGCCCAAAUCUUGCUAAUUGUGUUGAACUUCAACAACAGUUUCAUGAAUGAAUUAAGUUAUUUACCACUUGGCAAAUCCUUCUUUUGGUUACAAUUUGAGUGGCAUGAGGUCAUUUGGCAGUACAAACAAAAAAGAUUUGUAGAAGACUCCGUUCUUUUCAAGGAAUUCAUGGUAUUGUAUCUGGCAUUUUACUUUGUCAAGAUGGUGCCCCAAUUUUCAUUCAAUUCGUCACUGAAACUCUGAAAGUUAGAAGUACGUUAAGAUCAUGUUUGGUGGAGGUGCAUUUGGUUGAAUGAGUGUAUAAACUGAAUUUGUUUAUGUUUUGUCCUGAAAUGUAGAGU